ACCAAAGUGAAAGCAUAGAUGAGCUAGGUCCGGCGGAUGGCGAAGCCAUGGCAGUCAUUCUGGCUCAUUCUGUGGCUCCUCCCGUUCAAUCAUGCGCAGGAUUUGGCCCUAGGGGUGAUCAGUGGCAUCACCAGCUGGAAUCAGCUCCAUAUGGCGAUCGUCGCCGCUGUGGACAUGGAGCUCCGCAAGCACUUCGAACCCGGUGUGGUCACUCGUUUCGGGCCUCCCUUCGUGGAGCUGCAGCCAGCUCACCCUGAGGUGGCCAACAUCACGAUGCGAAUUGGCACCUCACAUUCCAACCCUCAGGUGGGUGUAGGCACGGCAUUGGACUUCAUGUUCGGUGCCAAUGGCCUGAGACCCGUUGUUGGAUUGGUUGGUGUUGCCUCCUCGUCCAUGUCCAUCCCCGUGGCCUCCGUUGCGCGGGUCAUCCACAUCCCACAGGUUUGCUUUGCCUCCACCAGCCCGACGCUGUCCGACAAAGAGCUCUAUCCAUACUUCUUGAGAACAGUGCCGCCAGACGCCCUUCAAGCAAAAGCCUUUUGGAACUGGUUAACCACCUUCCAGGUGCCCAGAGCUGUAUGCCUCUAUGCUGAAGAGCCUUAUGGGCGAGGACUGUACUUGGCGAUCAAAGAGCAGGCAGUCUUGGCGCAUCAGUCUUUGCGUAUCCAAGGUGCUCCACUCCGAUAUAUGCCCAUAGACUUCGUGAUAUCCGAAGCCAAAGAUACCAUCGACGUGGUCAAAUCGCUGGGUUCUCACAUGCUCUUCCUCAGCAUGAACAGGGGGGCCUUCAGCAAUUUCAUCCCGGUCAUGCAAGAAGAGGGGCUUUUUGCUCCAGAGUGGCAGAUUCUAGCUUCAGAGGCGAUAAAAUUGUACGACCCCAGUGCACUGCCAGCAGGGUUCAUGUAUUGGCAUCCGGUCAGUGAGGGACCCAAAUAUGAGACCUUCUUGCAGCUUUGGAGAAAGCUGAGAGCAGAUGACGUCACCUCCACGGCUGCUCGCGAGCGAUUUCAGAUUGACAACUUCCGAGUGCCCCUGGACGAGGCUCGAUCUGCUCCCAUCACCGAUGCGGACUUCGAGAGUGGCUCUCCAGCGGCUUAUUCGUCGUUCCUCUUUGAUGCGAUCUUCACAUUUGUGAUGGCGAUCAAUACGCUGCUCAAUGACGGAGUGCCAGCGUCGGAGAUCAAGGGUGAGAUCCUGUUGGCGCAGGUGAAGAGGACCAACUUUGAGGGCAUCUCUGGACAUGUGAGCUUCGAUCAGAAUGGCAACCGGCAAACAGCAUACCAGCUCCUCUAUUGGCCGCCGGCCUCCAACGCUUCGAACGCAACUGGUCGCGCUUGGACACUGGCGGGGGCCUUUGAUGCAGGCACCAACGAAUUGGACAUCACAAGUCAUCUCUAUUGGAUGACUGGCCAGUAUUCAGCCACAGCCCCAGCAGUCUUCACUGCUUGCAGCCCUGGCUUCUACAAGGACCAGGUGAACCAGUGCAUCCCUUGCGAGGUGGGUUUCUUUUGCGGUGCAGAUCACGCGUCGAAGGAGCCGUGUCCUCGCGGCUUCUUCAGCAAUGUCACAGGAUUGACCUCUUGCCUCCCAUGCGAUGCGGGGAGCUUUGCGGAAGAUGUGGGCUCCAUCGGCUGCGCUUCAUGCUUGCCUGGGUUCUAUGCAGAGCAGGGCCAAGAGUCAUGCAAGAAAUGCGCACAAGGCACCUACCAGCCCUCCUUCGGAUCUGCGGCCUGUUUACCGUGUGAACUUGGGCAAGUGACCGCCGAGCAGGGAUCGCAGAGCCUUUCGGAUUGCCAGUGUGCCAGGGCCUCCUUCAUGUGCAAUCACAGCUCCGUGAGCAGUGCAGCUCGCGGCUGCCGUGAGUGCCCCAUGGGCUUGGAGUGCAUGGCUGGCUUGGACCCACCACUGCAGGAGCCUGGCUAUUGGGCCGAAGCCGCAGAGACCUGCGAUUUCCAGGUCCUCCGCUGCCGCAGCGGGUUGCAGUGUCCCGGGCUCGAACUGGGUGCAUGUGCUGCUGGUCGGAUGGGCAUCGCCUGCAACAACUGCAAGGUGAACCACUAUCCGCAAGAGGAUGGUACUUGUGCCCCUUGCCACGGGGAGGAUGUUUGGCCCUUCAUACUCUCCGCCUUGGCUGGCGUUGCCUUGAUGUUCCUGUGCGCCAGCAGUUUGAGGGCGGAUCUCAAUCAGCACAGCCUGAAUCUAUUGACGGUGGCAGCGGUUGGAGGUCAGAUGGUCGUAGCGCUGCAGGCGCUGCGCUCAAUUCGACAGCUGGGCUCCAUUCGUUGGGUAGAGCCUCUCCGCAAGCUCAUGGAUGUCACCAAGAUUCUCGCCUUUGACCUGGACAUCAUCAAGAUCUCUUGUAUCCUCGGAACUGACAGCCCGACUUUGAAGUUUGUUUGCCAGAUGUUGAUUUGUCCGGUGUGCCUGAGCUUCUUUGGCUUGGCCUGGUUCAUUUUCAAGCUGCCUGGGCGCAAGAUCUCAAGCGAUAAGCUCUUCAACCUGUGUGGUAUCCUGGUAUUCGCCCUCUUCAUUUCGCUGACCUUGGCCGUUCUGGACCCGCUGCAAUGCCAAGACAAUCCAAAUGGAUCUUCCUCAAUGGUCUCCAACCCGGGAAUUAUUUGCUUCAACUCGGCAGAGCACACCGGCUUGGUCAUUCUUUCUGCCAUUGGACUUCUGUGCUAUCCGGUCGCCAUUUUGACCUGGGCCAGCUAUACCACACUGCAGUACCCGGCCCGGGUGAACUCGGGUCAAGGCUUGCGUCUUGUGCACCGUCACCGCUUUCUCUUCCAGCGCUUCAAGCCAGAUUGCUACUACUACGGAUGGCUGCUGUUGGUGAGGAAUUCGUUGGUGGCACUUUUCCCCGUGAUGUUGUUUUCGUUGCCUGAGAUUCAGCUGCCGCUCAUGGGCGUACUUUUGAUGGGAUCGGGUGCUCUUCAAAUCCGUGUUUGGCCUUGGCGCACCAAGCUGGCAAACAUCAUGGAUUUGGUCAUCACCUGCAUCCUUCAGAUCCUUCUGCUGGGUAUCGCACCGCUGGUCAUGCUGACUUCCAGGUCCACCGAGGUCCUUGGCUGGAUCUUGGUGAUUGCCAUCCUGAGCCCCUUGCUUGGCGGCUUGAUCGUCAUUACCCAUGCUGUUCUGCGGCACUUUAGGCCAGGCAACGUCUUUGGCGUCUUCUUGUGUCAUCACAAAGGCGGCGCGGGCGCCUUGUGCCGGUGGAUGAAGUUGAUGGCUGCCCAGCACAGCAGCAGUGAGAUCUUUUUGGACUCAGAUCAACUGGAGGACUUGGAUCUGAUUUUCGACACCAUCCGAGCGAAGACCCGGAGCGUCGUCGUGGUCCUGACCUCGGAGCUCUUGCAGCGGAUGUGGUGUGCUGGCGAGAUCGUCACCGCCUUCAAGAAUCACGUUUGCACCUUGCCCCUGGUGUGUGAUGGCUAUGAGCCCCUUACCGAUGCCACCUUCAUGGAAGUUCCCUCCGUUUGGACCGAGCAACAGAAGCAGAUCCUGGCCUUCUACGGCAUCAGCAUGGAGGAUGUGAUCCAGGCCUAUCGCUGGCUGCACGGCCUUCAAAGCUUGACUCUGCAGCGGCGAAGCCCUGCCAGGGCUCGAGAGCAGUUGGUGGUGGAAAUUUUGCAACGUGUCAAGGUGCCGUUGAAGCUCUUCCGCCCCAAGAUCUCCCAUGGAAAGGUCAAGGCUCGUAUCCUCCUCACGGGCUCCGUGAGCGAUGCGGAGGCUCUUUCGACCCUGGAAGUUUUUCAACAUUUGCUGCAGAGGCACCUGCGCAAGGAAUGCGCCGUAGUGCGCUCGGGAAAGGAACUUCUGGCAUACAAGCCCUGGGCCUACUACUUGGUGGUGCUCCUCUCCCGUGGCAUCCUGCGUGAUCCGGGCUUUGCCCAAACCCUCCUGAGUGUCUACAUCGAAGACUCCAAGCAGCCACGGCCAUUGGAACUGGUGACCGUGAACGCUGACACGCAGUUUCAGUUUCCCAGCCCCGAGUUCCUCGUGGAGGUGGAAGAGCACGGUCUUGGUGGGCCUCUCAGUGCUUUGGGCCCGGAGCUUUCAAAGGCCUAUCGCGGUUUGCUGAAUAUCUUGGCACUGCCCUUGUCGCCCAUGGCAUCACAAGGGCUCUUGGAGCGGCAGACGGCGGAGGUGUGCCGACGCUUCCGGCGCUAUAAGAACUCGGUCUUCGAAAAUGCCCAUCAACGGACCAGGCUGCAGCAAUGGAUGAUGAGGACGAUCAACAUCUGGAGGGAGACGGUGUGGAUCCCGAAGAAGUGGGCCCCACAAGCCAGGAGGAGCAGGAAGAAGAUGCGCAGAUGUUUAAUCGAGAAGAAGUGAGGAGCAGUCUUCAAGCUGUGGGGAAGCCCAUCACCUGGACCGAAGCGGGCGCCACGGUGGAGGGCAUUUUAGUCCCGGACGCGGCGCAGCCGUCGGAGCACGCGGUGUUGGGUGCCGUGGUCUCGAGCGACGUGGAUGUGGAGAAUGAUGUGGUGAAGACUGAGCUUUAGGGCCUGGUUUGGGCAAGGUUUGGGCCAUUUGAGCUCGCAAGCACCUGCUCUGGCUGCGUGGGCUGUGCAGGUUCUUCCAUUUCCUGGACUCCAGGAAAUAGGAUGAAUGACUCUGAUUGAGUUGGAGAGCAUGGAGUUAGGUUAGUACCUCCCCUGAUCAGUUGGGCCCCCUGGAGGUUCAGAAUGAGUUGCCGUGACUUUAUAUCUCAAGACAUCGAACCGGGGUUCCGCCGCAGGUUAAGCCUGCCAGGUUGCACCCUUGAAGUGCUCAUGUGAUGUCUCGUUUGGGGUUGAUGUCUCGUUCGAGAACGA